AUGACUUUACAGGGGCUCGAUUAUUUGCAUUCAGAAUGUGAGGUCAUUCACACAGAUUUAAAGCCGGAUAAUAUUCUGGUCAAGAUUGAGGACCCUGCCAUCUUAGAUAGAGAUGCUCGUGACGAAUACCUGAAUCCUUUGCCGCAAAAAAUUACAGAUAAUGGCAUUAUUUAUCUUUCGCGAAAUGACUACGGGCAGUUUUCCAAACCCACCGGGAUAAUACAGAUCACCGACUUCGGUUCGUCGGUGUCGGGCAAGAUACCACAUUUUGGAUGUAUUCAAGCAGAUUCCUACCGCGCCCCAGAAGUGAUUCUUGAUGGUGGUUACUCUUAUAGCGCGGAUAUAUGGAGUCUCGGAGUCAUGAUCUGGGAUCUCCUUGAGGGGAGACGGUUACUCGAUCCGAUUGAUAAGCGGAUGGGCGAGGAAUAUGAUGAGCGCGUGCACAUUGCUCAGCUCACUGGUCUUCUGGGUCCACCACCUAAUGAUAUGCUGUCUUACGGUCAGAGAACAUCAAUAUUUUAUACGCCUGAUGGUAGAUUCAAACACCCGGACCUAGUUCCUCAGGACAUCGAAUUUGAGAAGACCGUGACUAGAAUCAGUGGCCUGGAGAAGGCCAAAUUCCUGGAAUUCGCGAAGAGAAUGAUCAGGUGGAAUCCAAGUGAACGAAGCACGGCUAGAGACUUGCUCAAAGACCCGUGGCUCUACGAAGAUUAUCCAUGCGAGAUGUAA